CGUUUCGCUCGCUCGGCCUGGGAGUGUAAACGAUACAUCAAGCAGCUCCGCUUUUUCGCGCGUGCGAAAGAGAAGCGAAUUGGUGUCCUUGCGACGACGUAACUUUUCUUCGAGUCCCCUGUUAACGGAGUGCUACUCCGGCCAACAUUUGGCCGGCGUCAAUUACUUCGGAUCACAUUCACUACCGAUCGCCGAUCGCUAAACGUCACGGCUAGCUAUUUGGCGUAGUUUUAGUGUUGUGCUCCGAUUUUUAUCGUUGCUCCGAUAAAGACUCUGAUCAGUUACAACGUUUUAUCCGUACUCCACUGGCCAUGCAACGAACGCGGCGAUCGUAACCGACCAAUCCGUGCCCGAUUCCGUUCGUAGGUUUUCGUUUCUUCACACGCACGUGCUCUGUUAUCUCCUCGCACGCGUAUACGCGCGUAUGUCGACAGCGAGGAAUCGGAGUUGAUUUGCACGAUUGCAGGAGAGGAUGCUGAUGCCGCUUCAGCGGUACUCGCGUAUCGAGGAUAGAAGUACAUACGGUCUUCCGGACAACAAUUAUCAGCAUCGACAUUGUUCUGACGCACGACGCCCGUAGCGUCACGGCGUCAAGCGGAUCCGCCCUGAAACGCUCUCUGACUAGUUUGUCGAUAGACCCCACGUGGCUCAGGAAGCAGCGCGCGAGGUGAUGUUGCUGGAGUCGCGAGGCCUCGCCGGUAGGAAGAGAAACGGACUGACACUGACCUCGUUCGGCGACGGUGGCGGCGGUGGUGGCGGAGGCGGCGGUGGUGCCGGAGGAGCCGGCAGCGAGGAGGACGACGAGGAAUCUCGACAUCACCUCUACCUGGGCAGGAAGAUGCAGGGCGAGGGCACCGCCGCCUCCACGGUACCUACCGGGCUAUCCGGGUGCGCCGGCGAUGACGGCGACGAGAGCUCAAGCCCCUCGCCGAACAGCAGUCUCCUGAACAAUCUCAAUAAUAAUUGUAAUUCAAAUCGUCAAUGCGCAACCGACUUCAGCAUCGCUGCGAUCAUGGCGCGGGAUUCGCGUCAACAGCAGCAGCAGCAACAGCAGCAGCAACAGCAACAGCCACAGCAGCAAACACAACAACCGCAUCAUCAUAAACAUUCACAACAGCAGGCCGUCGGAGGCGGAAAGUUGCAUCAACACGAAAGGGAAGCCAGCGGUUCUGGGGUCGCUCGAGGUGCCCCGCCAGUCUCGGAGACGAUCAAUCCGGAGGACGAGCCGGAAACGGACGAUACCGGAAGCACGAGUGGAAACGGUGUUUCGCCGGUGACGAAUCCUCUGCUCCAAGAACGCUCGAAUUGCGAGGAGCUGAGGCACGUGGUGUGCCACCUCGAAACCAAGGAUCUCUGGGAUAAAUUCAACGAGCUCGGCACGGAGAUGAUCAUCACAAAGACUGGCAGGCGGAUGUUUCCAACGUGUCGUGUCUCAUUCAACGGGUUGAAGGCGGACAGCCGAUACGCAGUCUUGAUGGAUAUUGUACCGGUCGACAAUAAAAGGUAUCGGUACGCAUAUCACAGGAGCUGCUGGUUGGUGGCCGGAAAGGCGGAUCCGCCGGCGCCAGCCCGACUCUACGUCCAUCCGGAUUCACCUUUCACGGGCGAGCAGCUCCGAAAGCAGGUCGUCUCCUUUGAGAAAGUCAAGCUCACUAACAACGAUAUGGACAGGCAUGGGCACCUGGUGCUGAACUCCAUGCAUAAGUACCAGCCGAGGAUCCACCUGGUGAAGCGGCCAGACUCGGGCUCGACGAAGCCGAUCGUGGACCUCGAGAAGGAGCCGCACAAGACCUUCGUAUUCCCGGAGGCCAUAUUCACCGCUGUCACCGCCUAUCAGAAUCAGCUCAUCACAAAGCUCAAGAUCGACAGUAAUCCGUUCGCCAAGGGCUUUCGGGAUUCUUCUCGUCUCACGGACUUUGAAAGGGAGACGAUGGAGUCAAUGCUGGCAGAACAGCAAUCGUUGAGGUUUCCGCACCGACUUCCCUUCGAAAUGGAGCAACUCCAGGCAGGCGCCGUGAACAAUCUCAGUCUCGAGGAGAAAGCCUUGUGGGCUGCGCGUUCUCAGAUGCUGUUGAGAGCGGCGGGGGGCGGGGGCGGCUAAUUGGUCAAUCCCACUUUGGUUUAUCCGGGUGCUUCAGCCGCGGGCACCAGCCAUCAGCAGCAGCAACAUCAACAGCAACAGCAACUAGGUCAUUUAUGGUGGGCCUCUUCGAUUGGAUCUACUAUCUUUGCAGCGGCACAUCAUCAACAGCAGCUGGUCGCAUCCAGUUCCCAGCAGAAUCCAACAGGCCCAGCAGCCCCUCGACCGCUCUAUCCGUCGCCUCUUGCCUUGGCUCACAACCGAUUCUCGCCCUACCACACGACUGUCCCCAAGUCCUCAACGCCGGCUGCGCCGUCGCCGUCGCCGUCCAGAAGGGCCACGCCGUCGCCUACAGAUAGUCUCAGCAGGGAGGCCCAAGAUCUUUCGCCCUCGUAGUCCCUCGUGGCUUCAUUAGGAAAACAAUGAUCGCGA